AUGUGGACUACAGUUCUAACCGUCAUCUCCGUUGGAGUCGUCCGCGCAUCGGCGUCCGCAGAACUCGCCAGCUUUGUGAAAGCCAACAACCACUUCGCCAUGGACCUUCUGAACCACCUGCCUACCCAGGAGAGCCAUACGUUUAUAUCACCAUAUAGCGUCAGCAUGGCUAUGGCUAUGCUCUACCACGGAGCAAGGGGACAGACCGCUGAAGAACUAGCCCAUGUCCUCGGAUACACGGCGUCGAACCUUGAACGGCAUGCCCUCAUGCUAGCCAUUGAAGAGCUCAUCCAGAAGCACGGUCACCGAGACCAAGAUGUCACCCUGGACGUCGCAAACGCUCUCCUCGUUGCACGAAAUCUUCCUGUCCUGAAAAAGUACAGAGAAGACGUGGAAGAAGUCUUCGAGGCAUUGUUCGAAGAGGUUGAUUUCACCGAUGGAAACCAGCUGGUCCGAGUCAACGAAUGGGUAGCAGAACAAACGAGAGGGAAAAUAACUAACUUUCUGAAAGUAUUGCCCGCCAGAACCGUCAUGAUCAUUUUGAACGCCGUCUACUUCAAAGGAAAGUGGAACGUACCAUUCGACAAGACACGGACGACCAAGCUUCCAUUUUACAACCGAGGUGUUGACCCGAAACCUGUAGAUACGAUGAUGCAAACUGGAGACCAUCGCUUUCGCCACGGCUACAGCAGUCACCUGAAAGCGAAAGUUCUUGAACUACCCUACAAGGGCAACGAGUUCAGCAUGGCCAUCGUGCUUCCAGAUGAACGUGCCGGGCUCUCCGGACUCUUAGAAAAGCUCGAUUCUUCAAGCUUACAAGAAGUUUUAGACGGGCUCAGAAGCGCGAAGGUCAGAGUUCAUCUGCCGAAGUUCAACCUGACGUCCCGGUACAGCCUCUCUAAGGUACUGGCGGAACAGGGUGCCGGAUCGAUCUUUCAGUCGAGCGCGAACUUCUCUGGAAUCUUUAAAUCGGGUGGAAUGCCCGUUUCGGACGUAGAGCACAAGGCUGUGUUCGAAGUGAACGAAGAGGGCAGCGAAGCCGCCGCCGCUACUGGGGUCAUCACUAAGCUUUCCGCUCCACUGAUGUUCCGCGUCGACCACCCGUUCCUGUUCUUCAUUCGAAACGUGGAAACAAACUUGAUCCUCUUCCUCGGUGUGGUUAACGAGCUGAGUGCCAAAUAA